GAAUUGGAAGCGGGGGAGUUGGCGGGGGAGCAGGAAUCGGGGAGGGAUUGGGACUGGACGGAGGAUUAGGAAUUGGAACUGAAUUAGGACUUGGUGGAGGAGUAGGAUUCGGAAAUAAUUUAGAUGGAUUUUCCACAGACCUUGGGAUGGGAAUAUCAAAUGAUGUAGCAGGUACUGAUAGAGAUUUCCGUCUAUUUGCAAGUAACGUUCCAGGACAACUUGACACUUCCCUCGGCGCUGGGGGAGCAGGCUUAGAUCAGUCCAUACCGCUAGAUUUUUCCCAGUUACAAGCCAUAGAUCGUUUAGAUUUUCCCCUUGAUGGAUCUCAGGGCAUUCCUAAUUUAAUUGAACCUGAAUCAUCUCUGAUGGAUUCGAUUCCGGAAUUGAACGGACCACAACUUAUUGAUCCGAGUCUUGGAGUAGCCGGAAGCGGAGGGCUAAUUGCUAUGGAAGCCCCAGAUCUAGGGCCUGUGGGAUUAGAUCCAACGGCUCUUAUGGAACUUGGGGGCUUAGUCGGCGGUCCUAUGGAUCCGAUAAUGGAUGUAGGAACAGGACAAGGGAGAUCAAAAUCACAGAAAGGGAGUAAGAAACCCAAGAAAGUGACAGAAACUGUGGACAUAAAAGUGGACGUCAUUAAGAAAGGUGGUUCAAAAGAUAAAAAUAAAGCCGGAAAAUCAAGCAAAAAAGGACAAAAUAUGGGUGUGAAUGGACCCUUACCUGGACCAGGGUCAUUUCCAACCGGAAUUCAGUCGGCCGGACCACUACCUGGAGAAAUGGUUGACCCAGCCAUGUUUCUAGGAGGAUCUGCCGUCGGCGGAAGAGGUGGUGCUUUAUCCGGAAAUGGUGCAAUAUUUGACGGAGGAAUAAUUGAUACUGCUCCAGGCAGCAUUCAAGGGGGUGGUAUGCCCGAGAGUCAAUUGCCCCCUAUAGGUAUUUUAGUUGACGGUCCCUCGGGAGGAAUUAUGAAUGGUCCUAACGCAGGUGGUCUACCUGGAGGUUUAGGAGGCCCCGGAAAUAUGGACUCUGGCAUUGGUGCGUUAGGUGGUAUUGGAAUGGAUGCUUUUAGUGGAACUCCUGAAUUGCAAAACGGAGCUCUCGGGGGUAUGGGUCUUGAUGCUUUAUCAGCCAGCGGAACACCAGGCAAAGGCCACUCGGGUAUUAUUGGACUAGAGGGUGGAUUUCGAGGAAAUUUUGACCCACAAGCAAAUGACUUAGGGGGUCUUGGUCUGGAUGGAUUAUCAGCUGUUCCCAUGGACGCUGCGGGUACUGGACAGAUGGCAGGGAGUGGGGCAGGAGGACAAGCAUUUGAUCCAAACGCUCUGUUUGAUCCAGUCAUUCAAGAUGGUACGGGUUUCAACGACCAGAUGUCAUUUCUGGACCCAACACAGCCCAACUCUGGACCUGUCGGAGAAAUUCCCAUCAUGCCUGAUCCUCAAAAUGGCGCUGGCGCAGCAUCCGGUGGAAACAUUAAUUUAGACCUAUCUUCUCUUAUACCGGCGGAUAUGCUUGGUGGCCUUGAUCUCAGUGGAGCACCCGGUGUGAACGUAGGAGGAGGUGUGAAUGAAAAAGGCCAAGGGGGUCCGAUUGAUCAUGGACCGUCCGGUGGAGUUAUUGGACUUGCAGAUAUGGCACCCCUCGGUGAUCUAGGGGGAGGUGCCAUUGGUAAUCAAAUAGGUGGCGGAAAAGAAACACUUGAUUCCUGUCUGUCACGUGGUGAACAAUUGUGGUGUGAUGCGAAGGCUUCCUGGGGCAGUACACCCGGAGUACAGGGAUGGUGCAAUUCAAAUUGCCACAAAGGUGCAUGUAAUUUUGAAAGAUGCGCAUGCUCAUGCAUCUCUCAAGCUGAAUAUGACUUCCGCGCUGGCGGUUCCGCGGGAACUCAAAAAGUCUAAUGGUUUAUUCACGUGCCAUCUACAAAAUAUAGAUUAUUUCUGGCCCUUUGCCUCUUACAAAUAUUAUUUGGUCUUUGAGGGAUCAUUUUAAGAUGUUAGUUAUAUUUGGAGCAGUAAAGACAUUUUACAUGCCUUACCCCUACUGACAAAACCAACAUUAUUUAUAUGAAGCAUAUAAAUCACUUAUCUUGCUUUUGCAAUUGAUCACGAAGAUUGAUGGGCAUGAUUAUAUAUUAAUCAGCAUUCAAUAAAAUCCUAUUUAUGUUUUUGUUUACAUAAUUAAAUCCACACAACUGUACGUCUAAAAGUAUAAAAUAGUUAUCUCAAACAUAGAGAACUGUUUAUGUUAUGAUGAAUAAUGGUUGAUAUAUUUUU